AUGGAAGUAGACGAACCGGAGAAGAAACAAGUAAAACCUAGUUCUAGUAAAUCUACAAAUUUACCAUGGAUAGAGAAAUACAGGCCACAAACUUUCGACGAUAUCGUUGGCAAUGAAGACACUGUGUCCCGCUUAGCCGUCUUUGCUAAAACCGGCAAUGCUCCUAACAUUAUUAUAGCUGGACCUCCUGGUGUUGGAAAAACGACGACUAUACUAUGCUUAGCGCGAGCUCUCCUCGGAGUAUCUUUCAAAGACGCCGUAUUAGAACUAAACGCCUCAAAUGAUCGUGGUAUAGAUGUCGUCCGGAAUAAGAUAAAAAUGUUUGCGCAACAAAAGGUUACUUUGCCACCUGGUCGACAUAAAAUAGUGAUACUAGAUGAAGCGGACAGCAUGACUGACGGAGCUCAACAAGCAUUAAGACGCACCAUGGAGCUGUAUUCCAGUACAACUCGUUUUGCAUUAGCAGCCAAUAAUAGUGAGAAGAUAAUAGAACCCAUACAAUCUAGGUGUGCUGUACUCCGGUACUCCAGGCUUAGUGAUGCACAGAUACUAGCAAAGGUUAUAGAGAUCUGCAAUAAAGAAAACCUAUCAUACACUGAAGAAGGUGUGAGUGCAGUAGUCUUCACAGCACAGGGGGACUUGCGAUCAGCCCUGAACAACCUGCAGUCAACAGCCCAGGGUUUUGGUCACAUCAGCCCGGACAAUGUGUUCAAAGUGUGUGAUGAACCACAUCCGAUGGUGGUCAGGCAGAUGCUUGAAGCUUGCACUAAACAGGAUAUACAUGAGGCUUACAAGGUUAUAGCAAAACUCUGCAAGAUUGGCUACGCAGCAGAGGACAUAGUCAGUAACAUAUUCAGAGUUUGCAAAACUUUAGAUAUAUCUGAAGAGUUAAAACUGGCUUUCAUCAGAGAGAUUGGUUUGACACACAUGAGGGUAGCAGAUGGUCUUUCGUCUCCCCUGCAGCUGGCCGGUCUCCUCGCCAGGAUGUGCAGGGUGGCUGCCGGCGGUGACCCGGAGUGGUGA